AUGGAUAAGUACCUUUCAAGCGAGGUCCCACCCAUCCCAAUGAUACCCGACAAGAAGUACCGCCGGGAGAGUGCCUCAGUGGUGGACGAGUUCUUCUCCACAGAGAAGCCCACUUCGACCCCCUACAGCGUGAACAUCAACGUGAUACUGCCAGACACGACGCACCUGCGCACUGGACUUUACCGGCCACCCAAACCCAUGACACCCUUCCCACAGAUCAAAACAGAGCCCGGCACCAGCUUUGCCCAGCCCUGCUCUUCUGCCUCGGGCUCCACACAGACCCUGCCCGACUUCACCAGUGUCUUCAGCAUGCCCCAGUCCGUGGCAGUGAACAACAUCUUCAUCAAGCAGGAGAUGCCUUCUGAGAUCCCCUUGUCCGCCAACCCACAGCAAUCCCAGCUUUACCAGAUGCCUCUCGGCAACGGCAGCGCUGACAUUACCACGCUGACGUCCUCCUCCAACAGCACCACGGCCAUCAACAGCCUCAGUGGUGUUACCAUGUCCACAGGGAACACCAUGUCCAGUGUGGUCCACCGAGCUGUCCAGCCAGGAGGGCCAGUGAAGCAGUACCCGCACGUCUCCCAGGGACAGGGAAACUUCAACAUCUCAGGGCAGUUCUACCCUGCUCCGGGGGUGAAUCUGCCCCCUUCGCCCCCCAACUCACAGCCUGGCAGCCCAGAAAAUCAACCCGAGCUCAUCAACACCAUCUCUCCCCCACCAUCCUAUGAAGCCACUUUUGGACUGAAGUUGGUCCAGUCAUCCCAGGUCCCCCCCGUCCCCAAUGGCCUUGGCACCCUCUCCCAAGGGCACGUUGUCAUGCAGCCCCCCAAAUACAACAGACGCAACAACCCUGAGCUGGAGAAAAGGAGGAUCCAUCACUGUGACUACCCAGGUUGCUCAAAAGUUUAUACCAAGAGCUCCCACCUGAAGGCACACCAGAGGACUCACACAGGUGAGAAACCCUAUAAAUGCACGUGGGAAGGCUGCGACUGGCGCUUUGCCCGCUCCGACGAGCUGCCCCGGCACUACCGAAAGCACACGGGGGCCAAGCCCUUCAAGUGCCUCGCCUGCGGCCGGUGCUUCUCCCGCUCCGACCAUCUGGCUCUCCACAUGAAGCGGCACCAGAACUAG